GUACGGGCGGCGGCGGGCGGCAGGAAGGAGGGGAACGCGCCAAGGCGGGGACGUCGGGCGCUCGGCCCCGGCUUAGCCCGGCCCCUGCGCUGCGGCGCGCGCUCCCCGGGCCCGCGCGACCAUGAACCUGGAGCGGUUGCGGAAGCGCGUCCGGCAGUACAUCGACCAGCAACAGUAUCAAAGUGCUCUAUUUUGGGCAGAUAAGGUAGCUUCACUCUCUCAUGAGGAGCCCCAGGACAUUUAUUGGUUGGCUCAGUGUCUUUACCUAACAGCACAAUAUCACAGAGCAGCCCAUGCGCUUCGGUCACGAAAACUAGACAAAUUGUAUGAAGCAUGCCGCUACCUUGCAGCUAGGUGUCAUUAUGCUGCAAAAGAGCACCAGCAGGCUCUUGAUAUCCUUGAUAUGGAAGAACCAAUCAACAAAAGAUUAUUUGAAAAAUACUUGAAGGAUGAAAGUAGCUUGAAAGACUCUUCCAAUGACUGGGAAAUGUCACAGUCAUCACAACAGUAUCAAAGUGCUCUAUUUUGGGCAGAUAAGGUAGCUUCACUCUCUCAUGAGGAGCCCCAGGACAUUUAUUGGUUGGCUCAGUGUCUUUACCUAACAGCACAAUAUCACAGAGCAGCCCAUGCGCUUCGGUCACGAAAACUAGACAAAUUGUAUGAAGCAUGCCGCUACCUUGCAGCUAGGUGUCAUUAUGCUGCAAAAGAGCACCAGCAGGCUCUUGAUAUCCUUGAUAUGGAAGAACCAAUCAACAAAAGAUUAUUUGAAAAAUACUUGAAGGAUGAAAGUAGCUUGAAAGACUCUUCCAAUGACUGGGAAAUGUCACAGUCAUCAAUAAAGAGUUCUAUUUGUCUCUUGCGAGGGAAAAUCUAUGAUGCUCUAGAUAACCGAACCCUAGCUACCUACAGCUACAAAGAAGCUUUGAAGCUCGAUGUCUACUGCUUUGAAGCAUUUGAUCUUUUAACAUCACACCAUAUGUUGACAGCACAAGAAGAAAAAGAACUUCUUGAAUCACUACCUCUUAGCAAGCUGUGUACUGAGGAACAGGAAUUGCUACGUUUUCUAUUUGAGAACAAAUUAAAAAAGUAUAAUAAGCCUAGUGAAACUGUCAUCCCUGAAUCUGUAGAUGGCUUGCAAGACAAUCUGGAUGUGGUAGUAUCUUUAGCUGAAAGACAUUAUUAUAACUGUGAUUUUAAAAUGUGCUACAAACUUACUUCUGUAGUAAUGGAAAAAGAUCCUUUCCAUGCAAAUUGUUUACCUGUACACAUAGGGACACUGGUGGAGCUGAAUAAAGCAAAUGAACUUUUCUAUCUUUCUCAUAAACUGGUGGAUUUAUAUCCUAGUAAUCCUGUAUCUUGGUUUGCUGUAGGAUGUUAUUAUCUCAUGGUUGGCCAUAAAAAUGAACAUGCCAGAAGAUAUCUCAGCAAAGCUACAACACUUGAGAGAACCUACGGGCCUGCUUGGAUAGCCUAUGGGCAUUCAUUUGCGGUUGAGAGUGAGCAUGACCAAGCAAUGGCUGCUUACUUCACAGCAGCACAGCUGAUGAAAGGGUGUCAUUUGCCAAUGCUGUAUAUUGGAUUAGAAUAUGGUUUGACCAAUAACUCAAAAUUGGCUGAAAGAUUCUUUAGCCAAGCUCUGAGUAUUGCACCUGAAGAUCCGUUUGUUAUGCAUGAGGUUGGUGUGGUUGCAUUUCAAAAUGGAGACUGGAAAACAGCAGAAAAAUGGUUUCUUGAUGCUUUGGAAAAAAUUAAAGCAAUUGGGAAUGAGGUAACAGUUGACAAAUGGGAACCUUUGUUGAACAACUUGGGACAUGUCUGCAGAAAACUUAAAAAGUAUGAUGAGGCAUUGGAUUACCAUCGUCAGGCAUUGGUGUUAAUUCCUCAAAAUGCAUCUACCUAUUCUGCCAUAGGAUAUAUACACAGCCUGAUGGGCAACUUUGAAAAUGCUAUUGACUAUUUCCACACAGCCUUGGGUCUUAGGCGAGAUGAUACAUUUUCUGUUACAAUGCUUGGUCAUUGCAUCGAAAUGUACAUUGGCGAUUCUGAAGCUUAUAUCGGAGCAGACAUUAAAGACAAAUUAAAAUGUUAUGAUUUUGAUGUACAUACAAUGAAGACACUAAAAAACAUUAUUUCACCUCCGUGGGAUUUCAGGGAAUUUGAAAUAGAAAAACAGACUACAGAAGAACCAGGCCUUGUACCACUGGAAACCUCAAGGAAAACUCCAGAUUCCAGGCCUUCAUUGAAUGACACCUUUGAAAUUGAAAUGAAUGAAAGUGACAUGAUGCUAGAGACAUCUAUGUCAGACCACAGUACGUGAUUUACAACAGUGGUCCAAAUUCCAUUUUGUCAUAGUGUAGGAGCAGAAACCUGCAUUAAAAGACUGGAUAGCACACCUUCGCAACAGAUGUUUGCUGGUUCUACAAAAUAGUUAUACAUAAUGGAAUAAAGAAGGUAAACCAUAUAUUAUGUCAAUUUUUUUCCUUUAUUGUGAUACAGUAUAUAUAACAUAAAACUUGCCAUUUUAACCAUUUUUAAAUAUACAAUUCAGUGGCAUUAAUUACAUUCACAGUGUUGUGCAGCCAUCACUACUAUCUAUUUACAAAAUGUUUCAUCAUCCCAGUCUGUACCUAUUAAGCUACAGCUCCCCAUUCCCAUCUCCCUCCAGCCCCUGGUAACCUCUAAUCUUAAAAUCUUUUUAAACUGUAGCUAGAUCUUUUGUUAUUACUGUGACAAAUGUUGAGAGUCAUAUAAAAUUGUUUACAGUACUUCUCAAAAUUAGUUUCCAACACCCAAAAGUCAUGAUAGUAUUUAAACUACCAAAAGCAUAGUCUACUGGUAAGCCCAUUUUGAGACAUUUAAAAAGCCAAAAGAAUUGAACAGAUUUUGAUGCUAAAUUAUAAUUUUGUUCUAUAAGAUAAAUGACUUAAAAAUGAUUCACUGUUUUCUUUAACUUCUGUAUCCUAGUGUGUAGGAGAUAAAAUGAGUUUGAAUUUUACCUGUUUUUUUCACACUUUAACUUGAUGAUGUAUCUUUUUAACUUGGUAAAUGUUAUGGUCUCUGAUGUUCUGUUUUUAUGCAGUCAUUUUAGCAUCUUUGACACUUCCUCACAUAAGAUUGAAAUAAUUCAUGUGAAAUAAGCAGGUGAUUAUCAGUAGUGAUGUGUCAUUUUUAAUGUAACUAGAUUACUAAAAGCAUCUGAAAUCAGCUGUAUCAGAAACUUGAUUGGAAUGAUAUGCCCAUUUGUUAGGGUCAAGAAAGAAAAGCUCUUAUAAAAAGUUUUACACA